AUGACGGCGGACAGAAUUCCAGAUAAGAGUGGAAUGACGGCACUCAGAAUUCCAGAUAAGGGUGGAAUGACGGCGGACAGAAUUCCGGAUAAGGGUGGAAUGACGGUGCUCCCCUAUCCGGACUCCCUCAGGGAGGAAGCACACGGCCUCAUAACACUCCUCCACUUUAGUUUUCUUUCAUUUUGCGCUGCUAGUGAAAACCAGCCCUGCAGGACCUCUUCUUGCGGAGAUAUUCAAAACAUCAGCUACCCAUUUCGAUUAAAAGGUGACCCGCUUGGCUGUGGUCAUCCUGAUCCUGCAUACGAAUUGGCUUGUGAAAACAGCCGUACAAUCUUAUAUGGGAAAUACCAUGUUGCGGAGAUCAACUACGAUAACUAUACCAUCAGAGUUGUAGUUGUUGGGCUAGAGAAGAGCAACUGUUUCUCCCUUCCUCUCUAUUCCUUGACAAUGAAUGAUCUAUAUGUACAUGAGUAUGAAUAUCUUGAUGAACUGGAUACUGUACUUUUGAUGAACUGUGCAAGACCAAUCUUUGAUCAAUACUACAUUCCUAUUGUUCCCUGCAACCGCACCGAUGCUACUUUCUCUUCCUCACAACCAUAUGCUUAUGCGCUCGCUGGAGGCUACAAGCAGGUGAAAGAUCUUCCAUAUUCGUGCACCAUUGGCUCGACUGUUGUUACUCGCAGUUUCAUGGCUGUUUCAGAGCCCUGCAAUCUUUCAAGCUCAGAUUUGCAAGAAAAGCUGCUUAUGGGGCUCCAGCUUUCAUUUUUGAGGUCCCGCUGCCUUGAAUGCCCAGCGAAUGACAGCUGGUGCAAAACAAAUUUCAGCAACAACACUAUACGAUGCCUGGAUAAUACUAGAAGAAACUGGCUUCAGAAGUUGAAAGAUGUACUGGUGUCAGUGGGGUGGUUUUUUUUUGAAACACUUAGAAGUCCCUAUACAACCCAAGGACGUGAAGUUGCUUUUUACCAAUCUGGGUAUUCUAGGACCAUUGCAAUUGUCAUAGCAAUCAUUGGAGGACGCUUUCUACUUGGGAUAUCUUGUCUUUUUGGCUAUUUAAUCUACAAGUUUCGACGGAGACAUUUAUCAUUAGAUGAUGAUAUUGAAGAGUUUCUUCAAAAUCACAAGAAUCUCCAACCCAUCAGGUACUCAUAUUCACAUUUAAAGAAAAUAACCAACAAUUUCAGGAAUAAGUUAGGCCAAGGAGGCUUUGGCUCUGUGUACAAAGGAAUACUUCAGAGUGGCCGCAUUGUAGCAGUAAAAGUAUUGGUCAUGUCAAAAGCCAAUGGACAAGAUUUUAUCAAUGAAAUCGCCACGAUUGGAAGGAUUCACCAUGUUAAUAUAGUACAACUUGUUGGAUUUUGCGUACAAGGAUCAAAAUGGGCCCUUAUAUAUGACUUUAUGCCAAAUGGGUCACUUGAUAAGUUUAUCUUCCUUAAAGGAGAAAAACACAUUCCUUUAAGUUGGGACAGAUUGUACAAAAUUGCACUUGGAGUAGGGCAUGGGAUUGAAUACUUACAUCAAGGGUGUGACAUGCAAAUUCUGCAUUUUGAUAUUAAGCCACACAAUAUUCUUUUGGAUGAAGACUUUACACCAAAAGUUUCGGAUUUUGGCCUUGCAAAAUUGUAUUCAACAAAUGAAAGUGUUGUAUCUCUCACUGCAGCUCGAGGAACAUUAGGAUACAUUGCUCCAGAGUUGUUUUAUAAAAACAUUGGACAUGUGUCGUACAAGGCUGAUGUUUAUAGUUUUGGAAUGUUGUUGAUGGAAAUGGUGGGAAAACAAAGACAUUUUAGUAGACAUCAAGAGCAAGAUCUAAGUGAAUUAUUCUUCCCAUCAUGGAUUUAUGACCGAAUUGAACAAGGAGAAGAUAUGGAAAUGGGAGAUGUCACAGAGGAUGAAAAGAAAUAUAUAUGGAAGAUGGUCAUAGUUGCAUUGUGGUGUGUGCAAAUGAAGCCCAUGGACCGUCCUUCUAUGAGCAAAGCACUCGACAUGUUGGAAGGUGAUGUUGAACUAUUGCAACUACCUCCUAAACCUACCUUAUAUUCUCAUGAAAUAUCAGCUUUGGAUCGGGAGAACAAACCAAUGAGGGUUCCAAUUUCCUCACAUAAUGCAAGUAUUACAAUUAGCUUAGAUGGGAGAUAA